UUUCAGAGGAACUUCUUAAUUAACCACUUGAUACAAAGUUAAAGUUAUUAUAAAUUAAACAAGAUGACAGUCAAUCAGCCACCACAAUUUGAGAAACCUGAAUUAAACUUUGAAAGUGAAAGUACAGUUCAGAAAUUAGCUAGAAAAACCAAAGAUAGUCCAUUAAUGGUUGCAGGCCUAUCUUCAUUUUUCAUCAUAGCUGGAUAUGGAAUUUACAAAUUUAGGAACAGAGGAAAGUUGUCUGCAUCAAAUUACUUAAUGCAGUUGAGAGUAACUGCUCAAGGAGCUGUGAUAACGUGUCUAACAGUGGGAGUACUGAAAUCAUUAUAUGAUCGAUUCAAUCGCAAAUCUGAAUAAUUGUUGUUGUUGAAAAGUUGUAUUAAUUUAUCUAUUUUAUAGUUUAAUUAAAGUUUAAAAACAGCAGA